AUUGAAUUACCAAUUGGCCACUAAUGGCGUACAUAAUCCGACGCGCUAGCGAUAACUCCGCUAGGGUGGCGGGUGGUGCACCUCUCCCCUCUUACCAAGAAUACUAAUCCCCGAUCUUCUUCCUAAAGAGAUCCCUCGCAAACCCCACCCCACACACAAACUCGACCCAGCUGCUGCUGACAGCACAUUCGAACCGAGGAUGCCGCCCGCGACCGAGAACCCCAAUCCGUCCCCAGACGACCUUCUCCUCCCUCCUCCUCUUCCUUCUGAUACUCCUCCACUACCGCCUUCCUCACCUUUAGUACGGCGCCUCAUUGCAACCUCACAACCUACUUCGCCAGACAUUAUGCCCUCCCUCAUAUCCCCGAUGCCCCAGCUAUUCGGAUCCGGCUACAUCAGUGCGCGUGACCUCUCUCCCUCCCCAGCUCCUCCCAUGUCGCGCACCGAGUCAUUGCGCUCUCUCGAAGGUGGAUGGGGAGGAAGCAAUUCUCCAGGUGGCAGUGGAGCUGUUCCUAGCAUCAUCAGCCCCGCAUUCACUCCUGCUACGUCGAUGCCCGGAACGCCAAUGCUCGGCCCGCAGCCAGGAAUUCCGGUCGACCACAAUGCGCCUACUGAGGUCACCAAGAAACUGAUGAAAGAGCUUCCGAAUGUCCAGUGCAUAGUGCGCGCCAGGAUACCGACCACGAACGGGUCAGAGAUCUUUCUUCAUCUAUACCAGAAUAAUAUCGAUCAAAAAGAGCACCUUGCCAUAGUAUUCGGAGACAAGAUCAGAUCCAAGAGUCUCGAUGAGCCUCGGCCGGGAGAGACGGAAAUGGACCGCAUGAUCCGCGGCGCUUAUACCGGUCGUCUACAUCCCGGACGUAUGACUAGCAAGGAUACGACGGGCAGAGACACCACGGCUACCGCGCCUCCAUCCCCCGCCGACGGACAGCAGCAAAAGAACAUCCCAUUGGUCCGCAUUCAUUCUGAAUGUUACACGGGAGAGAUCGCGUGGUCCGCGCGUUGCGACUGUGGUGAACAGCUCGACGAGGCUGCACGUCUGAUGUCGCUUGAUCCGGCCGGCGGAGCCAUCGUCUACCUGCGCCAGGAGGGACGUGGCAUCGGUCUCGGCGAGAAGCUCAAGGCUUACAAUCUUCAAGAUCUGGGCAACGACACUGUUCAAGCAAACCUCUUGUUGCGCCAUCCCGCCGAUGCUCGCAGCUAUGGUCUCGCGACUGCCAUCAUUAGGGAUCUGGAGCUCUCGGAGAUCAGGCUGCUCACCAACAAUCCCGACAAGAUCGCUGCUGUCGAAGGCAUGAACAAGGAGGUCACCGUUGUCGAGAGGGUACCCAUGAUCCCCCUCGCGUGGAAGAACAUGAAGGGUGGUGUUACCGGCAAGGAAGUCAGUGAAUACCUCAAGACCAAGAUCACCCAGAUGGGCCACCUAUUGUCAAUGCCCGAAGGACACUAGCUCGGUUUCAUAUCCUCAAUACUAAAACGGAGUCCACCUUGCUUUUUUGCUUUUUGUUGCUUUUUUUUGAGUGCGAUUGGGGUUGUUUAUCGUGUAUACCGGGCGUUAUCUGGCGUAGUUUCUGUAGUUUCUGAUUUCUGAUUUUUCAUUACCUACGUACAUUGCUUGUCGGAUAGAAAAAAUGAAUUCUGUCUCCGU